CUCUCGGACCAGUUGACUUUUUAUUCGAAGGUCAGUGAUUCAACUCUGACGUGAUCGAAAAGAUUUUUGCAACUUGUGGAAACGAAAAAAUCCUAGCUUUUGUCAUUGUUUUUCUAGACUUUUCCAUAUCCAGUUGAUUUAAUUUCCAAGCGCCUUUAUAACUCUUUAUGGCAACAAUUGUAUAACAUGACUUCAGAAGACAAGAAAGCAAUUCUAGACGACGACGAAGGAGACGAGACGAGGAAGAAAUGUUGCCCGUCCGUGAACCGUACUCUUCUAGUCCCAAAAGGGUUUUACUUUUUUUUCUUCUCGGCCUGGGGCUCGCUACUUCCCUACCUCGCGCUGUACUUCAAGCAGUUAAUGCUGUCUCCUAGCGAAGUAGGCAUUCUCAUGGGACUAAAACCAUUUGUGAACUUUCUAGUCAUUCCGAUUUGGGGAGCGAUUGUGGAUAAAUGUCAUAAAAGCAAACUGGUAUUAGUGAUCUCCAUGAUUGCACUCAUAACCACAACAUUCUCCCUCUCGCUCGUACCCGCGCCUAAAGAGAAGAAAGUCAUCGUUAAGCGAAUGUGUAGCAUCAGUAACGGGACCAACAAGUUCGUAGAACCGAAUUUCGUCCAUAGACCUGUCAUGGAUAACCCUGACUACGAGCUGACAGGAGAACCCGAGAUUGACAAAAUGGUAGAUAUGGAUAAGAGCAGGUAUCUUCCCUAUUUCUACAAAGGGCCCAGUCCGUGGCCUUUGGAGCUAAUAACACAAUUCAGCAUAGACGAGGACGAGGAGCACACAAAGUUCGACACGACGCCAGCGUUUAUAACUCUCUUCCUGAUCACAUUUUUUGGGACGUUGUUUUCGUCGCCGACCCUCGCCUUGGUGGACACAGCAACGAUACAACUCCUAGGAAAGGAGACGUAUAAAUAUGGCAUGCAGAGGUUGACCGGUUCGAUAGGAUGGGGGAUUGGAGCCUUCGUAGUCGGAGCGUCACUCAAGACAACCCAUAAAUGCAGUAACGAUAUCAGCUAUGAGAUCGUUGACUACAUUCCGUGUUUCUACACUUUUGCAGUGCUCAUGUUCUUGGGGCUUGUUGUCGCCACGAGGUAUAAAUUUGACGAGAGCGCGCAGACAUCCCACGGCGGGAGUCUUCGUGUCGGUCUGCGCGCGCUCAAGAACCCUAAAUACAUCAUGUUCCUAUUCACCGCGCUUUACCUAGGCUUCCUAAUGGCGUUCAUAAAAACAUUUCUGUUCUGGCAUCUAAAGGACCUCGGUGGCACUCAACUCUUGUUUAGUAUCAUCUCCGCGGUGAACUGUUUCGCGGAGGUGAGUAUGUACUUUCUGUCAGCUAAACUGAUUAAGAAGAUAGGCCACGCGAAGGUGCUUUAUCUAGGACUCAUCUGCUACUCUAUAAGGCUCUUUUACUACUCCGCUAUCCCCAUACCUUGGUUAGUACUCGUAGUCGAGCUAUUACCAGGUAUUACUACCGCGGCGGUAUGGGCUGCCUGUCUCUCGUACGUCAGUCUUAACUCGGGCCCAGGCGCCGCUACCACGAUGCAGUGCAUUUUGCACGGGGUGCACUGGGGCCUAGGUUACGGCGCGGGUGAGGUUAUAGGAGGAGUGAUGGUGCAUCACUACGGCGCUCCAUUCACCUUCGUGUUCUUCGGAUGCUUUUGUAUCAUCGUACUAGCCAUGUAUAUGUUGAUUAAUAAUUUCUGCGGUUCGUCAGAUGAUAAUAGUGAUAGCCAAGGUUGCAAGGAAGUCUCCCAGGCGGAGUCGGAAGAAUCGGACAUUGAGAAAUAAUUUAGUUUCUUAUUGUAGCUGAUCCAAAAUAAACAGCAUUAUUCAUAA